CCAGAGAAAGGCAAGAGGGGAGAGCUUUAGGUCUCUUAGAAAGGAAGCUAAAGAAAGUCAUGUUGAAUGAUCUGCUACUCUAAUUCAGACAUUUCCCAGAGAGUGAGUUAAUGAGGAAAAGUUUGGGAUCAGAAGGAAAGCGCUGGACUUAGAAGCUGAGGAUCUGGUUAAAGCUGGACUGCUGCAUUGAUCUUUUUCUUUGGCUGGCAGAGUACAGCCGUGUUCUCCAGUGUGAACUGUGUAACUGACUGUCACGCUACCAAUUCACACCCUAUUGGAAAGACUCAUGGUCUGUAACCUUAUGGCAGCCAGGACUGCACAGCCCUAGGACUUUGGGUACCUCUUGGAUAAAGCCAUGGAAGUUGUGGAUGAGACGGAGGCUUUACAACGCUUCUUUGAAGGACAUGAUAUUAAUGGAGCUUUGGAACCAUCAAUUGACACCAGUAUCCUAGAGGAUUACAUUAGCAAGGAGGACUCUCCUGAUAUCUGUUUUGCGGAUAUCCCUUCCUCAUCCGGCUAUGCAAACCCAGGUCAGCCGUGUACUUCUGCUGCAGGCCACUUGCCAGCUGUCAUUUCCGUCGGUCAUGCUGGACCAUCCGGCUCAGGUGGUGUCCUUCACAUGGGACAACAGAUGCCAGUACGGCCCGGGAUGGGUGGCACAUGUGCAGGCCCACCUUACCAGUCACAUGUUAAUUGCAGUAACGGCAACGCCAUGCUCAAUCCCAAAGGAUACCCGGGCCCUGCCAUGUGCAUGAGUGGACCUGGUCUUCCCAUCAAGGCAGAACCUAAAACCAGCUAUGCAGCCGGCACUUUACCUGACUCCCCCCCUUCGGUCAGGGAAGAGAGAAGCUUUGCUGAGGAACAUUACACCACCAGAGUGGAGGACCCUCAUCUGCUUCGCACUAUGACCCCAGAAAAUCUCUGUCACAUUACCCCACCUUCCCGCCUGGAGCACCCACCACCACCACCUCACCUACAAGGCCAGCCCCCUCCACACCCUGCUCACCAGCAGCACUAUCCUAGCAUGCAACGGGAUCUCUACUUGAAAGUGGAGUCAAUGAUGCCCCAAUACCCUCCCCUUGGACCUGGAAUGCCCCCCGCAGACCUUCAUCAUGCACAGCAGUCUCAGAUGCUUCAUCAGCUUCUGCAGCAGCAGCAUAGCUCAGAGCUCCCAGUGCACCCAACAAAGAAGAGGAAACACUCGGACUCUCCAAACUUGAGGGAUCAAGUAUCUAAUGGAGGCAUGGUGAAACAGGAGCCGGGUCUCAUGCAAGACAAUGACAGUCUUAAUGGUUCCUACUUGGAUCCCAACUACCAGUCAAUAAAAUGGCAGCCGCACCUACAGAAUAAAUGGGUGACCCUGUAUGACAGCAACUACAAAGAACUCCCAAUGCCGACCUACAAAGUGGAUGCAGAUAAAGGGUUUAACUUCUCAGUGGGAGAUGAUGCCUUUGUAUGCCAGAAGAAGAACCACUUUCAAGUCACAGUAUACAUUGGCAUGAUUGGAGAGCCUAAAUACGUCAAAACCCCUGAUGGUAUUUUACCUCUGGAGUGCUUCUUCUUAAAAUUAAAUGGUGUUAAGUUAGAGGCUAUUAACCAGAGCAUCAGUAUUGAGCAGUCGCAGUCUGACCGAAGCAAACGUCCGUUCCAUCCUGUUACGCUCACUCUUCCUCCAGACCAGGUUACGAAAGUGACAGUGGGGCGACUCCAUUUCAGUGAAACUACAGCAAAUAACAUGAGAAAGAAAGGAAAACCCAAUCCGGACCAAAGAUAUUUUCUCCUGGCCUCAAAUCCUGGACAGUUUGAGAGCGACAGUGAAGUUCUCUGGCAGCGGGGACAGCUUUCAGAUACCGUCUUCCACCAUGGACGCAUUGGCAUCAACACAGAAAGGCCAGAUGAAGCUCUUGUGGUACAUGGGAAUGUAAAAAUUAUGGGCUCGUUAAUGCAUCCAUCUGACAUCCGAGCCAAGGAGGACAUUGAGGAGGUUGAUACUACUGAACAGCUAAAACGAAUCUCCCAGAUGCGUCUUGUUCAUUAUCAUUACAAGCCAGAAUUUGCCAGCACAGUUGGGCUUGAUGACCGAUCAGAAACAGGAGUGAUUGCUCAGGAGGUGCAGGAGAUCCUUCCCGAGGCAGUAAAAAAGACUGGGGAUGUGACAUGUGCCAACGGCGAAACCAUUGAGAAUUUCUUAGUAGUGAACAAGGAGAGAAUCUUCAUGGAGAAUGUAGGUGCAGUCAAGGAGCUCUGUAAGCUAACAGACAACUUGGAGACUCGUAUUGAUGAACUGGAGAGGUGGAGUCGCAAGUUGGCCAAACUCAGGCGGCUUGACAGUAUGAAGAGCACUAACAGCCACACAGGAAGCCAGUUCAGCCGUGCAGGAAGUCUUCCUUUUAAGCAACGUCCUUCCAAAAUCAUGGGCAAGUCGGUACCACCCCCAGCUGAGCAGAGCUGUGUCAGCCAACGAUUCCUCCAAGCAACCAUCAUUGUUUUAGUCAUUAUCAUGGCUUUCAGUGUUAUCUCAAUGACAACGCUAUAUGUGUUGAAUUUACGCAGCGAGGAUGACCUUUUGGAUAUGGAUGGUGUUUUCACUCCACCUGGUACCUGCACUCUCACUUUCUUCCGAAAGGUCCGUCUCAAUCUCCCUUUUGCUGUGUGUACACGCUCAAGUCAGAACUUUGAAACCACACAGCUGAGAAGUUCCACCACCCCACCUAUACACGUCACAGAAAGUACAGAUUGGCUACACAAACAGAAUCCUUCCAUCACAAUAGACCUUUGUCUCAACCCGCCGUGUCAAGCUAUCUGCUGCUCCACCCCUCCUAGUAUGUCUACUUCUCCUGCUGUCACACAUGGUAAAACAGCUUCUCGUCCGGACACCUCAGUAUCAGACAAUGCUUCAUCAGUCACCAUCAGGAAGGCAAAAUCCCGGGUCCUGGAUAAGAACCGCAACCAUUUACAAACUCCAGCUCGCCCUGUAAGUCCUCCACCCCAGUACACUCAGAGCAAAACUAAACACAGCCCCAACAGCCUGCCUGGUCAGGACCUGCGCAACAAGAGAAGUGUGGAGGAAGAGACCAUGGUCACAAAUACUGCUGACGUCACACAAGCAAAUGCAAAUGAAUCCCGUGCUGUUGUUUCUUCUAUUCGCCUGGUGGAGACCGACACUCUCCUUACAGAUCAGCUGUGUUCCUCUCAAGGCACCUGCAGUCCAGGCAAUUACUCGUAUUCACUCCCUCUCAGCAAGUACAGCUCAUUGACAGGCAGUGUGACACUGGAACUCAACUCCACAUUCCCUGUGUCAGUGAAUCUCUGUGAAUCAUCAGCUGGUAAGAACUGUGAGACAUCUGUAACCAGAUCAGCUUCAGAAGAUCAAAGCUGCUCCCGGGUUUCCGGUGUUUGUGCUCCAUCAUCUCCAUCACCGUUCCAUUUAUGGUCACUCCAGGUGUAUCCAUCCCAGGACUUCUCCUUCCACCUGCGGGUGUCCCCAGCGGGGGCAUCCGGAUGCUAUGACUUUAUAGUGGAUAUUUCACAAGUUACAGACUAUUACUUCAAUUUCUACCGACUCUGCGACUGAUACACUUGCUGAAGAGCUGGACAACCCAUAUAUAACCUUCCUCCUUGUACACAGAAGAUGCGUCUCUUGCCCCACAGACUGCAGGCAGCCACGGGGUCAGCCCCACCCGUCACUGGAUGUACAACACUGGACCAAACCAAGCAGCACUGGAACCUUCUGGGACCAACUGGAAAACCGAGAGAUCAUUCACACUGGAGACACAGGGAACCCUACCCCAAACAAGACAUGGGAUUUCCCUAGUCCAAAAGAGGGGAAUGAAUGGCUGAGAAUGGGUGUAGCUUCUCCCCCAGUUCAUGAUUUGUUUUUUUUUUUCUAUGUGUUUAAUAUUGUGAUUCUGUUACAACCCUUCUACUUAUUCCUGACUCUCCCCCCUCAAUCAAUCAGUUACCAGGAAAGAACCAUCUUCUACUUUCAAGAAACCCCAUUGCAGAUCUGUCGACAAGCAAUCUGAACUGAUAAGAUGCUGCAGCUAAAGGGUUGGAGAAGCUAUUUCGAGUUACUGAAAUAUUUGAACAGUUUUUGUGUUUUGUUGUAUUUUAUGGUUUGUUUUUUUUUUCUGUCUCGUGUUUUGUAUUUAAUUCUCUAACCAGAAAAGUGCACUUAUUCUCAACUUGGCAGUAAGGACCAAAAUCUAGCCCUGUAGAAAAGGGGCAACCAAAAGUGCCUGAAAGCGAGGCAACACCCCAAAGACUCUGUGAGCGCUUGGUGUGCCGAUGCCAUGCAAGAGAAAAAACAAACAAAAAAAAAAAAUUAAAUU